AUGUCUGUCCUGGCCCAGAACAUUAGCAGCUCGGUACCAUCCAUUAGCUUUGAAGGCUCUAUUGACAUAACCUCUCCCCCUACCCCACCAGAUCCCUCAACGCCUCCUCUGAUGGUGCUUUUUGUGCCUCUGGCCUCAGUCUUUCCUCACAUGGUGAAACAACUGAACACUGGCCUUCAUGUCAUGAUUUUAAUCUUCCUUUUUGUGGCCAUGGCCUUGGCUCUGGUCAGUAUGGGGUUUGCAAUCCUCAAUAUGAUAAAGGUCCCGUAUCGUGCAAUAAAUGGGCCUGCUGGUAUAUGUCUGUGGAAUGUACUUGCAGGUGGUGUCGUUGCUUUGGCCAUUGGGAGCUUCAUGGCAGCUGUGAAAUUCCAUGACCUCACAGACAGAAUUGCCAAUUUUCAGGAAAAGAUCUUUCAGUUUGUCAUUGUGGAGGAACAGUACGAAGAGUCUUUCUGGAUCUGUGUGGCAAGCGCUGCUGCUCAUGCAGCAAAUUUGCUGGUGGUAGCCAUAAGUCAGAUUCCCCUUCCUGAGAUAAAGACCAAAAUAGAAGAAGUAACUGUGACAGCAGAGGAUAUCUUGUACUGA